GGGUGGGGGCUCCGGUGAAGGUAUUUCUGCUAUCUCAUUCGCGCGUCACAGAGACCCGGAGGAGGACCGACACUGAUCUGCUCUGACACAAACAGGUUGAAAAUCUGAGAAAACAUCAGCAGCAUGUCACAAGAUAUUAACAGAACCCAGGUGCUUCAAAACAUCAGGGUGCGGUCUACAUUAAAAAAGGACGGCAGCUGGAUCCACAGAUCAAAUGAUGCCAAGAAAGAACAAGACACAGCAGGAACGAACCCAGAUGUGGAAACUAAACCUAUUACAGCUAGGAGUUCACAAGUCCGGAUGGCAGCCAGGAGAUUUGAAGCAAUAGAUCCUCCACCAAGUUCUCCUUUACAAAAGGCAGAGGUCAUUUCAUCUGAAGGGAAUUCGGUUAAUCAGGCAAGUGCUGAAAAUAUUCCUGCUCCCAAUGACACUCGGCCUGAAGGCUCAACAGUGAAGACAAAGCCUCAACCCCCCACAAAAGCACCUAUUCAAAAUUUUAAUGCACAGCCAGAAAAGACAUUUACUGAAGCAACUGCAGAAAAUACGGAACAACAUGCUGAUGCACCAGCUGACACCUGUCACAAUGAGGAUAAGGCCUCCGCAGAUGCUGAUGUGAAAAAUCCCCCUGCAGAAAUCUCUGCUGCGGAAGGCACAGUGAGAGAGAGUAGCAAGAGUAAGAGCACCGCUGGAGUCCCUGGAGAAUCUGUAAUCAAAAGAGAACCGCCGAAUACAACUAAUUUAGAGCAUGCAGGAGUAAACAUGUAUGGACCACCUGCUUUGGCAACAUCAGGGAAAGAAACUUCUCUCCAAGGCGGUGUGGAAACACCCGCUGUAAGUGAUGCAACACCAGAAGAAGAAACUGCUCUACAAAACAGCACCAUAUCAGUCACCGACACUCUGCCUGCACCAUCUAGUCAAUCCGAUGCUGACACUGCCAAGAGUGUGGAGUUUAAAGUCGAGUCUGCACCACCCUCUGAGCCGGUUUUUAAGAGUGGAACUGAAGAGGCGGUUGAGCGCGAAGAUGAUGGCACUGUUGUUGAACAAAGUUUUGAUCCAACACCUAAGACAGCAGGAGACUGUGACAAAGAGUUGAACACUGAAGAUGCCCUUGACCAAGUAGCUGCUUCAGAUGCAGAAGGUGUUUUGGAUAACACAGAGCACGCAGCUAUUAGACUGACUGAUGCUUUAGAUGUGGAGAUGGCCAAGGCUGAAGCUGUUCCUAAACCUGCGGAAGAUCCAAGACAACCCCACUCUGAAGCAACUGCAGAAAACACGGAACAACAUGCUGAUGCACCAGCUGACACCUGUCACAAUGAGGAUAAGGCCUCCGCAGAGGCUGAUGUGAAAAAUCCCCCUGCAGAAAUCUCUGCUGCGGAAGGCACAGUGAGAGAGAGUAGCAAGAGUAAGAGCACCGCUGGAGUCCCUGGAGAAUCUGUAAUCAAAAGAGAACCGCCGAAUACAACUAAUUUAGAGCAUGCAGGAGUAAACAUGUAUGGACCACCUGCUUUGGCAACAUCAGGGAAAGAAACUUCUCUCCAAGGCGGUGUGGAAACACCCGCUGUAAGUGAUGCAACACCAGAAGAAGAAACUGCUCUACAAAACAGCACCAUAUCAGUCACCGACACUCUGCCUGCACCAUCUAGUCAAUCCGAUGCUGACACUGCCAAGAGUGUGGAGUUUAAAGUCGAGUCUGCACCACCCUCUGAGCCGGUUUUUAAGAGCGGACCUGAAGAGGCGGUUGAGUGCGAAGAUGAUGGCACUGUUGUUGAACAAAGUUUUGAUGCAACACCUAAGACAGCAGCAGACUGUGACAAAGAGUUGAACACUGAAGAUGCCCUUGACCAAGUAGCUGCUUCAGAUGCAGAAGGUGUUUUGGAUAACACAGAGCACGCAGCUAUUAGACUGACUGAUGCUUUAGAUGUGGAGAUGGCCAAGGCUGAAGCUGUUCCUAAACCUGUGGAAGAUCCAAGACAACCCCACUCUGAAGCAACUGCAGAAAACACGGAACAACAUGCUGAUGCACCAGCUGACACCUGUCACAAUGAGGAUAAGGCCUCCGCAGAUGCUGAUGUGAAAAAUCCCCCUGCAGAAAUCUCUGCUGCGGAAGGCACAGUGAGAGAGAGUAGCAAGAGUAAGAGCACCGCUGGAGUCCCUGGAGAAUCUGUAAUCAAAAGAGAACCGCCGAAUACAACUAAUUUAGAGCAUGCAGGAGUAAACAUGUGUGGACUACCUGCUUUGGCAACAUCAGGAAAAGAAGCUUCUCUCCAAGGCGGUGUGGAAACACCCGCUGUAAGUGAUGCAACACCAGAAGAAGAAACUGCUCUACAAAACAGCACCAUAUCAGUUACCGACACUCUGCCUGCACCAUCUAGUCAAUCCGAUGCUGACACUGCCAAGAGUGUGGAGUUUAAAGUCGAGUCUGCACCACCCUCUGAGCCGGUUUUUAAGAGCGGACCUGAAGAGGCGGUUGAGCGCGAAGAUGAUGGCACUGUUGUUGAACAAAGUUUUGAUGCAACACCUAAGACAGCAGCAGACUGUGACAAAGAGUUGAACAUUGAAGAUGCCCUUGACCAAGUAGCUGCUUCAGAUGCAGAAGGUGUUUUGGAUAACACAGAGCACGCAGCUAUUAGACUGACUGAUGCUUUAGAUGUGGAGACGGCCAAGGCUGAAGCUGUUCCUAAACCUGUGGAAGAUCCAAGACAACCCCACUCUGAGGAGUUCAAACCGAACCAAAAGUGUGAUGAUAGUCAUACUUCUGAUGUGUCUCAAAAGCCUGCAGAGGACGUAAAGUCAACAAAAACUCUGAAUAAGCCCGUUCAUGGCCAAUCUCCUUGUUACUUCUGCAACCAAGUCAUUAAUGGAAAUGUCAAGAUCAUAUUCAGCGAGCCUUCAAUGAACUGCCACCCAGAGUGUUUAAAGUGCGGGGUUUGUGCUAGGGCCCUUGGAAAUAUGCUGAACCACAUGUUCUUGAAGGACCAAGUGAUCCAGUGUGGAUGGUGUUUUUCAGAAGCGGUUAAGAAAUGAUGCCUAUUUGGGAUAAAUAUGUUUCCGGAAAAUACUCCAAGUAUACCUUGAUGAAUGUGCUGUCCAUUAUUUCCCAUAACUUCCCUAUCCUCUUCUUCUUUCUUUCUUUUUUUUGUAACAACUGUAUCCAGUAAAAGGGCAGUAUAUUGUUAUGAUUAAUGAUUCUGCAAUGAAAAGGAUAAAUGAAAAAUACAGCAAAAAUGCAACUGUAUAUGGCUAAAAUAAAAUUCCACACAUCAGGUU